GGUCGGGCGGGUGCGCCGAGUGUAGAGACCCUCCCUAGGCUGGGUCAGUAGACAGGACAGGGUUCGGGAGGCCUGCAGGCUUGCUCCAGAGUUCGGUAAUAGGCUAAAGGAGGCUGUGCCCGGCCGCCCCGCGCAGUCUCUGCAGGCCAGGCGUCCACGCUGCGGUGAGCUGAGCGCUCGCGCGGAGCCUCGGGGUCCUUUUCCCGCGGGACGCGUCAGGCCAGCCCGGCGCGGGCAGAUUCGUUGGCCACAUAUUUGAGCCUCUUCCCCUUCCAUUCUAGGCUGCCGCGGGCCCCGCGGAGCAAGACCACCUGUGAGGGCUGCUGAGAUUGGCGGAGGCGGUCAUGUGGGCGGUCACGUGCUGCGGCGAGCUCCGUCCAAAAGAAAAUGGGGUUUGGUGUAAAUCUGGGGGUGUAAUGUUAUCAUAUAUCACGCUACCUCGUAAAACCGACACUGAAAGCUGCCGGACAACAAAUCACAGGUCAAAAUUAUGAGUUCUUCGUAUUAUGUGAAUGCGCUUUUUAGCAAAUAUACGGCGGGGGCUUCUCUGUUCCAAAAUGCCGAGCCGACUUCUUGCUCCUUUGCGCCCAACUCGCAGAGAAGCGGCUACGGGGCGGGCGCCGGCGCCUUCGCUUCCACCGUACCGGGCUUGUACAAUGUCAACAGCCCCCUCUAUCAGAGCCCCUUCGCGUCCGGGUACGGCCUGGGUGCCGACGCCUACGGCAACCUGCCCUGCGCCUCCUACGACCAAAACAUCCCCGGGCUCUGCGGUGACCUCGCCAAAGGCGCUUGCGACAAGGCGGACGAAGGCGCGCUGCACGGCCCGGCGGAGGCCAAUUUCCGCAUCUACCCCUGGAUGCGGUCUUCAGGGCCCGACAGGAAGCGGGGCCGCCAGACCUAUACGCGCUACCAGACGCUGGAGCUGGAGAAGGAGUUCCACUUCAACCGCUACCUGACGCGGCGCCGCCGCAUCGAGAUCGCCCACGCGCUCUGCCUCACCGAGCGCCAGAUCAAGAUCUGGUUCCAGAACCGCCGCAUGAAAUGGAAGAAAGAGCAUAAAGAUGAGGGUCCGGCCACCGCAGCCCCCGAGGGCGCCGUGCCCGCCGCCGCCGCCGCCACCGCCGCCGCCGCCGACAAGGCUGACGAUGAGGACGAAGACGAAGAAGAUGACGACGAAGAGGAGGAGGAAUGAGGGGCCAAGUCGGGGCCCUGGCUGCACCAGACAGUCGGGAAAAGCGUCUUUAGAGACUCAUUGAUUUUAUUUACAAAAGUGGAAAAAAUAAAAAGAAAACGUAAAACAAAAACA